CUCAAACACAGAACCAGGAAACAGGAAUCACCUGAGUUCAGAGAAAGUGAAACUGAAGUGUAGUUGAGCUGUUGUGUGUUUGUGUCUCUGUAUUCAUGCAGUAAAAUGGCAGAAGCCAAAAUUUCUCAGGAGGAGUUAAUGUGUCCAAUGUGUCUGGAUCUCCUGAAGGAUCCAGUGGCCAUUCCCUGUGGGCACAGUUACUGUAAGAUCUGUAUUACAGGCUGCUGGGAUCAGGAGGAUCAGAUGAGAGUCUACAGCUGCCCUCAGUGCAGACAGACCUUCAGUCCAAGACCUGCUUUAGCUAAAAACACCAUUCUGGCUGAAAUGGUGGAGAAACUGAAGAAGAUUAAACUUCCUGCUGACUUUUACGCUGGAGCUGGAGAUGUGCAGUGUGAGGAAUUUCACUCUCGUAAGCCACAUAAAGUGACUGAAUCCACUGGACGACUGCAGGAGAUGAUCUGCCCGAAACACGACAAGAUCCUUGAGGUUUUCUGCCGCACUGACCAGAAGUGUAUAUGUGUGCUGUGUACGAUGGAUGAACAUAAAAACCACAACACUGUAUCAGUUGCUGCACAGAGGAGAGAGAAACAAGUAUGAACUUUCUACUGGCUU